AUGCCGCGUUUCCCGUUCAACAAGCGCAUUCUGCUACGAAAACAAGAUUGUUCAGAGGUUCAGCUGAUGGCCUACGAAGGUAGUAAGCAAACAUGCAUCUUCAUAUUCGAUGUUGUGAUAACUCCUCUAGAGAUCAGCUUAGCCGACUGCAAACCCAAUCAUUACUGUAAAUGACCUUCUCAAGAAGUUAUUUCAACGGACUAAUUAUUCUUCCAACUGGUUGAGUGCACGAAACCGUACAACCAAGGAAUGGUGGUCUGUCAUUCUUCCCUUGUUGGCUUGACUUUCCACUCCUCCGGCUGGGGGUAUGUAGGGUAAAGCAUGAAUAACUGGCGAAGCUCUCGAUUGUCUAAACGUCCAAACCCAAAUUCGUCUUCCAAUACCCGCCAACCUGGCACUCGCUGCAUCGGCCACACUUUCGCCUACGUC